UCUAUGACCAUGGCAGCGCCCGGCGGUUACGGCGGCUAUGGUGGUCAUGGUGGUAUUGCUUAUGCAGCUCCAGCUGUGUCUUACGCUGCUCCUGCUGUAUCGUAUGCUGCCCCUGCCGUUUCCUAUGCUGCACCAGCUAUUUCUUAUGCUGCACCCGCUAAGGUGGCUAUUGCAGCAGCUCCAGCUAUUUCUUAUGCUGCUCCCGCUAAAGUGGCUAUUGCAGCCGCUCCAGCUAUUAUCAAGGCUGUUGAACCAGAGCCCUACGAUCCAAAUCCCAAGUACAGUUUUGCUUAUGGUGUGUCCGAUCAUUCUACCGGUGAUUCGAAAUCGGCCGAAGAACAUUUGGAAAAUGGUGUCAUCCAUGGUAGCUACUCACUAACUGAAGCCGAUGGUUCCAUUCGUAAGGUCACCUACACUGCCGAUAAAAUCAAUGGUUUCAAUGCUGUUGUGGAAAAAUCUGGUCAAGCCAUCAUUGCUAAGCCAGUUGCUGUAGCCGCCGCCGUGCCCGUUGCCAAGGUAGCAUAUGCCGCACCAGCUGUAACCUAUGCCGCACCAGCUGUAACUAAAGUAGCCUAUGCUGCACCAGCUGUUGCUAAAGUAGCCUAUGCUGCCGCCCCUGCCUACUAUGGAGCCAUUAUAUUAAAGGUAACUAUUGUUUGCUUGGCUCUCGUUGCUGCCAUCGAUUGUGCUCUAUUGCGUGCUCCUUUGGCUGCCCCCGUUGCUGCCGCUUUACCAAUCAACACCGAAAUCGAUCCCCAUCCCCAGUACGCCUUUGCCUACAACGUACAAGAUGCUUUGACCGGUGACAGCAAGAGCCAACAAGAAGUUAGAGAUGGUGAUGUGGUUAAGGGUUCCUACUCCGUUGUAGAUGCUGACGGUUCUCUACGUACUGUAUUCUACACUGCUGAUCCCAUCAAUGGUUUCAAUGCUAUCGUACAACGUGGUCCCGUACCAGUUGCUGCUCCCAUUGUUGCCCCUAGACCCGUUCUAGCCCCCAGACCUGUAGCACUUGUAAUACUUAGUGCUUUGUUGGCUGUUGCUUCAGCGGUUGUGAUUCCAGCUCCAGCAUAUCCUGGUUUACAUGGACCACUUCUAGCUCAUGGCUUACAUGGACCCCUUCUGGCUCCUGCCCUUCAUGGACCAGCACUAUUGCCUAAACUUGCUGCUCCCAUUUAUCCUACUCUUGCUAAAACUGUGGUAGCCAAGGUCGCCGCUCCAGAACCAUACGAUCCUAAUCCUCAAUACAGUUUCAGCUACGAUGUCCAUGAUCACUCUACUGGUGAUGUAAAGAGCCAACAAGAAACCCGUAAUGGUGAUACCGUUCAAGGUGCUUACUCUUUGAUUGAACCCGAUGGCACCAGACGUUUGGUCGAAUACACUGCCGAUCCCAUCCAUGGCUUCAAUGCUGUUGUACACCGUGAGCCUGUUGCCGUUAAAGUAGCACCCGUUGCUAAAAUUUUAGCUCCUGCUCCUCUGUUACAUGCUGCUCCACUCAUUGCUAAACCUCUAUUGCCCGCUUAUCCCGCUUUGGCUAAAGUAGCUGCUCCUUUGGCUUAUCCUGCUCAUUUGGGUUAUCCCGCCUAUCACUAAGUCAUUUAAAAAAGUUGAGGCAACUAUGAAAUCCACCACCAACCAACUACUAGCACUACCCAACCAACCAACUACAACCAUAACAACUCUCACUCACAUGCAACAAAUAAAACGUUGACGACUUUUUAAAACUCUGGAUAAAAUGCUUACGAUAAACCGUUAAAUUUGUUAUCACUCAAUCAAUCAAUCACUCACUCACUUACCCACACACACUCUCUCUCUCUCUAUUUCACUAUCUUACUCUGCUUGCAUUAAGGACAUUUGCUUAAUCCUUGCAGUAGUAGGAGUGAGUUCCUGAGUUUGCCCAUGUGUGUGUGUGUCUGUCAGUGUUUGUUGUAAUUUAGUCAUCACCCUCUUAAGGAUAAUUACACAUACAAUUAUACAUUUUAAAUAUAUUAUUUCUUGUUCGUAUUUAUAACGAAUUCCUUUUUUUCUUUUUUUUCAAUGUUCAUCAUCAUAAAUCCACUUUUUGUUUUAUAAUUUUCUUUUUAAUUAUUUUUGUUUUGUUUUAUACAUAUAUUUUGUAUAAAACGAUUUUUCCUCCUCAAAUAAAUAAAUAAUAAUUAUUUUUUUCUCUUAUAGUUAUUUUUAAGGCUGUUUGACCGCGAUAAAGUUGUUUAAUUUUUAAUAAUUAUAAAAAUAAUAAUGUAAAUAUGUAAUAUUUUAUUAUGUUCAUAAAACAAAAUAUGUAAAAAAAAUAAAAAAUCGAGGGAGUUUUUAAAUGUAAAAUGAAUGCAAUGAAAAAAAAAAUUAAA